AUGGAUCAAGGCGACUGCAGCCGGUUCAAGAAGAGUGGCUUUAUUCCGACUUCGUGUUCCAAGUCAACCACCAUUUUUGAUAUGACGGCUGAGGUUCCGCAGAACCAAAAGAUGGACGGCUGUUGUAAAGGAGGAGUUCUACUCUCCCGAGUCCAGAGCUACCACAACUCAACGACGGCGUUUCAGAUCGCCAUCGGUGGCGAGGGUAGCAGCAACGCCACUUGGCAGAGACUUGGAAGGUGGAAUGCAGCUACAAACCGCCGUCCCAAUCCCAAAACAAAGUACUACCAAAUCAGUGCUGUGUCUCUUUAUCCUCUGAGCAUGGUAAAAAAGCAUGAUAGAUUAGUGUCGAAGAUAGAGUGUACGAACCACAUGUGUCCUGUAAACAUCAACUGGCAAGUGAUAAAACACCAAAGAAGGGUUCGAGUGACCAUAUCCAAUCUAAACUACGGUACAAGCUAUCAAGAUUGGAUCAUGUUGGCUGACCAUCCAGCUUUUGAUAACACCACAACACUCCUUCAUGCUAAUCACAAGUUCUUGUCCCCUAAUUCUUACAGUAAAAUGGAGGUGGUAUGGGGCAGGAGAGGCUACAAUGGAGCAUUGGCACCGUUUGGGAAGAAGGGGUCAACCAUUAACAUGGUUAUGGUUUUCAAAAAUAACAAACCUGGUCAUCAUGGCAUAGCAGCUGGAGAAUGGAAGAAACCUCCAAAUGCAAUCUUUUUCAAUGGGGACCGAUGUGUAAUCCCUCAGUUCUAG